AUGGGUUGUGGUAUGAGCACCGAAGAUAAGGAGGGCAAGCAGAGGAACGAGGAGAUUGAGAACCAAUUGAAGAAGGAUCGCAUGAUGCAGAGAAAUGAGAUCAAGAUGCUCUUGCUCGAGUCCUUCAAAGAGAUCAUCUUCAGUAACACUGUGCAAUCCAUGCGCGUCAUCCUCGAAGCUAUGGAGUCGCUGGAGCUUCCCNUCGACGACCAGAGAGCCGAGUACCACGUCCAGACCAUUUUCAUGCAACCUGCACAAAUUGAAGGCGACAACCUUCCCCCAGAGGUCGGCAACGCCAUCUCGGUCCUCUGGAAGGAUCCUGGUGUCCAAGCCUGCUUCCAGCGCUCAAGAGAGUACCAGCUCAACGACUCUGCCAAANUAGUAUGUUGUCGCGUCUGGCUGCGCAUGUCGUUCCAUCUUACUAACCAUCGUCACAGCUACUUCGACUCGAUAGACCGCAUUGCCCAGCCCGACUACAUUCCCAACGACCAAGAUGUUCUCCGCUCCCGUGUCAAGACAACCGGUAUUACCGAGACCACCUUCAUCAUUGGCGACCUCACCUACCGCAUGUUCGACGUCGGUGGUCAGCGUUCCGAACGUAAGAAGUGGAUCCACUGCUUCGAGAACGUUACCACUAUUUUGUUCCUUGUCGCCAUCUCAGAAUACGACCAAUUGCUUUUCGAAGAUGAGACUGUCAACCGUAUGCAAGAAGCCUUGACUCUGUUCGACAGCAUUUGCAACUCAAGGUGGUUCGUCAAGACAUCGAUCAUUCUUUUCCUCAACAAGAUCGAUAGAUUCAAGGAGAAGCUGCCCGUCAGCCCCAUGAAGAACUACUUCCCCGACUACGAGGGCGGUGCCGACUACGCCGCUGCUUGUGACUACAUCUUGAAUCGCUUCGUCAGCUUGAACCAGCACGAGACCAAGCAGAUUUACACACAUUUCACCUGCGCCACUGACACUAUGCAAAUUAGAUUCGUCAUGGCUGCUGUCAACGGUAAGCUUUUAAUAUUGCUUGUUUACUAUGAGCACUUUGCUGACAAUGUCUCCANNGAUAUCAUCAUCCAAGAAAACCUCAGAUUGGCCGGUCUCAUCUAA